CUAUGACUGCGCUAAUGCUGCCUCUAGGAGAGAGAGAGAGAGAGAGAGAGAGAGGUGAAAAGAAUCCGAUCCGAUCCCUCGACCCACCCGGGGAACCAUCUCUCGUCGGGCUGCUACCUGAGUGCUUCUUCCAUGUAUCGAGGGUUUUGGGGGUAAGUUUCGAGCAAUUCUCGGAUUGAAAUUAAUUGGUUUUAUCUGUGGUUGAUGGGUCUUCUCCAACAGCUAUAGGCGUGAUUCAGGGAAUUUGGGAUUGGACAUUAUAGUAUUCUCUGAUUAUCACAGGGCACCAGAGCACAAAUUGAUAAAAAAAGAUGAGUGAUGACAGCAUGCCUGAUGAAUCAGAUGUGGCAUAAAUGGACCCAGAAGUGUACAUGCAUAUUCUUCAAUUAUCUUGUGCUGAGGACGAUCAUUAGCGAAACUUCUCAUGCUAGACGCAAGAGCUGGACAUCGUCCAACUAUUGUUUAUAGGCCCAUACGGCCUUCUGAUCUUGAAGUUCUUGAGCAGAUCCAUGCUGCUUUAUUUCCUAUAAGGUAUGAGAGAGAAUUCUUUUUCAAUGUGGUUAAUGGCCAUGGCAUUAUAUCCUGGGCUGCUGUUGACAUUAGCAGGCCUGAUGGUCAAAACGAUGAGCUUAAUUGGAUUUGUCACUAUGCGUAUUAUCCAGCAAAAGAAAGCGAGAUUGAUGAUUUGCUCAGGUACGGUGCUUCGAGAAAAGAUCAAAUACUAGUUUAUGUAUUGACACUUGGUGUAGUAGAGCGUUAUAGAAAUCUUGGCAUAGCUACUUCACUGGUUCGGGAGGUAAUUAAAUAUGCUUCAAGCAUUCCUAACUGCCGAGCAGUAUAUUUGCAUGUUAUUGCUUAUAACCAGCCAGCCAUCAAUUUCUAUAAGAAGAUGCUAUUUAAGCUUGUAAGAAGAUUGCCAAAGUUUUACUACAUUCAGGGCCAGCAUUAUGACUCAUACUUGUUUGUGUACUAUGUAAAUAGUGGUCAAUCUCCCUUCUCUCCAUUGUAAGU